AGUGCGGCAGGCCGCGCCGCAGCCGCAGCCGCAGCAAAAGGCAGCACCGAAAAGCCCCUUUCCCCUCGGCCGCGUCCCACAUCAUGACGAUGGCGACGCCGACCCGUCGCUGCGGCACUAGCGCCAGUGCCAGUGCUCGCGCAGUCGCCACUGAAGUCUGAGGAGACCCGGCCAGCGGCCACUCCACUCCCGCAGCCCCGCCCCACGCUUGCUUCUCCGACUUGUGCACCCCCACCGCGCGCCAACUUUCGCUUUCGCUUUCCCUUUUGCGCCCCGCAUCGCACUUAUCUGCUUGCUUGGGCGAUUUGGACUGGACGGGGGCGAGAAAAGCGAAGCGGGCGGGGAGAGAAGAAUCACAACACCGGGCCGUGCCGAUGGAUGUGUAGGAGUAGGAGCUGUAGCUCGUUGACCUCUCCGCCUGGGCAGCAAGGAGGAGAUGACUUCCCCGAAGCGGGCAGCGGGGCGGGAAGGGUGCGGGUGCUGGGCCGCCGUCGCGCGGGGCCUCCGCGGGGCUUGCUUCCGGCCGGCGGCGCCGGCGGACGGUGACGGCGGCGGCUCCACCAAGGGCAGCCACGUUCAUGACGCAGCAGCAGAGACAAGAUAUCUGAAUGCUAGCAAUCGGGAGUUUGGUGAUCGUUUUCAGACAAAAUGUGAUGGUGAAAAUGGUGUUGAUGCAUCAAUUGAAAAGAGAACACCACCCAAGCUACUUCAGUUUACCUUUCAAGAGUUGAAAUCUGCCACCCUUAACUUCAGGCCAGACAGUAUUCUUGGGGAGGGUGGGUUCGGUUAUGUCUUCAAGGGGUGGAUUGAGCCAAACAGCACUGCUCCUGCAAAACCUGGCACAGGGGUUACUGUGGCAGUCAAAAGUUUAAAGCCAGAUGCGCUUCAAGGUCAUAGAGAAUGGGUGGCAGAAGUUGACUUUCUGGGACAGUUGCAUCAUAAACACCUUGUUAAGUUGAUUGGAUAUUGUAUUGAGGAUGAUCAAAGGUUACUUGUAUAUGAAUUCAUGGCACGAGGAAGUCUUGAAAAUCAUCUUUUCAGAAGGGCUCUUCCCCUACCUUGGUCCAACAGAAUGAAGAUUGCUCUAGGUGCCGCGAAAGGACUAGCCUUCCUCCAUGGAGGUCCCAAACCUGUUAUUUACAGGGAUUUUAAGACAUCGAAUGUUCUUCUUGAUGCGGAGUACAACGCAAAACUAUCUGAUUUCGGUUUAGCAAAAGCUGGUCCUCAGGGUGAUAAAACUCAUGUAUCUACUCGGGUUGUUGGCACCUAUGGUUAUGCUGCACCAGAGUAUGUAAUGACAGGGCAUUUGACAUCUAAGAGUGAUGUCUAUAGCUUCGGAGUUGUGCUACUCGAGAUGUUGACUGGGAGAAGAUCAAUGGACAAGAAGCGGCCUACAGGGGAGCAGAACCUGGUUGCAUGGGCGAGGCCUUACCUAAAUGAUCGGCGAAGGCUCUAUCAGCUCGUAGAUCCUCGCUUGGGGCUGAACUACUCUGUCAAAGGGGUGCAAAAGGUUGCUCAGAUCUGCCACUAUUGCCUUACCCGUGAUAGUAAGUCUCGUCCAUCGAUGGAGGAAGUUGUCAAGCAACUGACACCAUUACAAGAUCUAAAUGACAUGGCAUCUGCAUCACCAAGGCCUCGCUCAACUCAGCAGCGCGGAAAGGUGCAUAGAUGACGGCCGGUUCUGCUGUAAGAAGAGCGGUGUGCUUCUGGUUGCUGGAUGCUUGUUUGUUUUAAUUGUAUAGCAAAAUUAGCUUUGAUGUUGACUGCCGAUACCUGGAGAUGUGACACCGCCAGAUGUCUCGCUCAGGUCGAUCACACUCUGUUUGGCUGGUUGGCAAAGCGAGAUAAGGAUGUAUCUGGUUGCAACAUGUAAUAAUUAUUAUAUAUAAUGAUCAUUUUUAAGUCCUGACGGGGGUUACAGUACAGCAGAUAAUGGCUGCUGUACACCCAGGUUAGUAGUCUUAAUGCUGUCUGAUUUUUGGCUGAGGGUCAGUAGAUGGUGUGCUGUGUGCAGUUGUUCGCAUUUUUUCAGGGGAAAGGUGCAGGUGUUAAAUUGUGAUUAUACAUUUGCUCUAUUUCCAUAAUUCUAGGGUUUCAUUUA